CAGCCUGCGGUGCUGGCAGCGGUCAUCUUGCUGGGAAGCAGACCGACCUGAUCAUGCCUUUCGUGGAUCUGGACACCAACCUUCCCCAGAAAAGCCUCCCCGAGGACUUUGCUGACAAACUAUGCGAAGCGACGGCCAGCAUCCUGGGCAAGCCCCGCGAUAGGAUAACGCUAACAGUGAAAACUGGAUCCACCAUCUUGGUUGGCGGCUCUUCAGCACCAUGUGCCCAGAUGGUUAUCUCUUCCAUUGGAGUUGUGUGUUCAGCAGAACAGAACAAAGAGCACAGUGCCAAGUUCUUUGAAUUCCUCACAAGGGAACUGAACCUUGAACAAGACAGGAUUCGACUGCGGUUCAUUCCUAUUGAGGCCUGGCAAAUAGGGGUGAAAGGAACAGUUAUGACUUAUCUGUAGGAGCUCCUUGAAGAAGACCACAGAUCAUCCAGAAGGCAUUACUCCCAGCAAAGGAUUUAGCUUUUUGUCGAUAACAGGGGAUCAUAUUUAUGGAUGAUGUUUCCUCAGUCUGCACAUUCCAUGCUGCUUUUAGGAAAUAAACUGCAUUUGGUCAACA